AACUCCCUUGAAAACCUAACAAAAAGUAAGGAAAAAAGAGAAGGUGAAAUUGGAAGCAGCGAAGACGGAGAUGGAUCUUCUGUGCGACGCUUAUUCGAAUUCCUCAGAUGAAGAUGAAGAAGAAGAAAAAGAAAAACCCAAGCGACAGAAAUUUUCCCACAGUUUCUCAAACCCACCAAAACCCUAUCUCCCUUCUCCUUCUCCUCCUUCCAACCUCCAUACACAAGCUCUCAUUCCAGGUAGCUACGUUUCCAAACGACAACGCGCAUCUAUGGCUUCCAUCACUACUCCCCACUCUGUUCCCCUUUCAUCAUCUUCCUUCACACUCUCUGGGAGUAUCUCGGAUGCUGAUAUACCCCAUAACAUUGUAGCAUUGUUGAAAAGUAAAGCAAAUGGUCAUAAAAACCUGAACUUGGUACCUGACAAGCUAUCUGCAACUCUAUCUGGACAUACAAGAGCUGUCAAUGCUAUACAUUGGUCAUCAACUCAUGCUCACCUCCUUGCAUCUGCUGGGAUGGACAAUACCAUUUGUAUAUGGAACGUAUGGAGCAGAGAUAAGAAGAAAGCAUGUGUGCUAAACUUCCACAAUGCUGCAGUGAAAGAUGUAAAGUGGUCUCAACAGGGGCACUUCAUGAUUUCUUGUGGGUAUGAUUGCACAUCAAGGUUGGUUGAUGUUGAAAAGGGGAUGGAAACCCAGGUUUUCAGAGAAGACCAAAUGGUUGGAGUUAUAAAAUUCCACCCAGACAAUUCAAACCUCUUCCUUUCUGGGGGAUCAAAGGGACAUAUUAAACUAUGGGAUAUCAGAACUGGAAAAGUUGUGCAUAACUACAAUCGAAAUUUAGGAUCUAUUCUAGAUGUUGAAUUUACAAUGAAUGGGAAGCAAUUCAUUUCUUCUAGUGAUGUAUCUGGGAGUAAUAUCAGUGAGAAUUCGAUUAUUGUUUGGGAUGUGGCAAGACAGGUACCAUUGUCUAAUCAGGUUUAUGUGGAAGCUUAUACUUGCCCCUGUGUUAGACGGCACCCCUUUGAUCCAGUUUUUGUUGCGCAGUCUAACGGGAAUUAUAUUGCAAUCUUUGGUACAACCUCACCGUACAGACUCAACAAAUAUAAGAGAUAUGAGAACCAUGGAGUUUCUGGGUUCCCAAUUAAGUGCAAUUUCAACUUGGAUGGGAAGAAGCUUGCAUCUGGCUCUUCAGAUGGAUCUAUUUACCUUUAUGAUUAUCAGUCCUCCAAAGUUUUGAAGAAAAUAAAGGCCUUUGAUCAAGCAUGCUUGGACAUUGCCUUUCACCCAGUUAUGCCUAAUGUUAUUGCUUCAUGCUCAUGGGAUGGAAGUAUUUUGGUAUUUGAGUAGAGUUUCUUAUUACCAUCCAACAAUUCCAUGUUAGUUUUAAUUCUGUCAAUAACUAUGCUAGCAAAACACUUUCUACCAUACUCUUCUCAACACGCACUUUCUAUCAUGUUAAAUUUACGAGAUCCAUUUGAAUUUUAACCAAUUAAAGAGAGUUUGUUGAUA